AUGAAGUCAUCACCAUCAACGAACUCGCCAUUGGCUACCAAUCCUAAACUUAAAAAAACAAAUAAAAUUUCUACACCUGUCACAUCAAAAUCAACUAUUGUACCUAUAAAUCUUGGGAGUGAAAAAAGUGAAAAAAAUUUAGUUAGUAAUCAUGGAGUAUAUAGUAGUGCUGUUUUACCUGCAGGACAACCAACUAUACCUAUAGUUUCAACAAAUAGUGUUUGGGGUGGAGCAAAACCAGCCACACCAACUACUUCAUCACCCAAUACUACCACCACCACUACAACAACAACAACAACCACACCCGCAAAUAUAAAUACACCUACACCUACACCAACACCCACAUCAACAACUCCUUCAUCUACCACUCCUUCAUCGACAACCCCAUCAGCAACCACAACAAUUAAUUCAUCUAUACCAACUACAGCAGCAGCUAUUUUGAAUAGUAUAGGUUCAAAUACUCAAUCAACACAAACUACAGCAGCAGCAACAGCAACAACAGCAGUUAGUACACCAAGCAAUAGUGGCAAUUCUAUUAGUGGUAAUAGUUCAAAUAUCCACCCAGCUUCAAAUACAACUACAGCAUCAGCAUCAACAACACCAACAACAGCAUCAUCAUCAUUGUCAUCAUCGAACCUUUUACAUAACCAUCCCUCAUUAAUUAAUUCCACUUCAUCACCAUUAGGUGGAUCAACUUAUUCAUCAUCAUCCUCAUCAAUUUCUUCAUCAACAGAAAAUUUAACAAACUUAACUCCAACCCUUGUAGAUAAUAUAAAUAAUAAUAAUAAUAAUAAUAAUAAUAAUAAUAAUAAUAUAAAUAAUAAUAGUAAUUUAACAUCAAACACUACUGUUACUGAUUCAGCACCAAGUACAGUACCACCUUGGAAAUCAACAACCUUAUAA